AUGAUGGUUCCUUGGCUUAUUGGUGAAGCACGUUACGUCUCAUUAGAGGCUGAGCCUAUGGCGUCAGCGACCGAAUCGUAUGCAUUGCCCACUGUGGCGCAUGCGCGACAGCGCUCUGAGCCUGUGCUUGCUCGCGUUUCACCAACUGUUAGGAAAUAUCUCCCCAAAAAUAUGACGACGUCCUCUUUGCUGUUCUGCAUCUCUGUGGAAGAGAGUCUAACGCUUCUCGGCCUCGUUGUCCUGGAACGCCUGCAUGCUGACCAUGCCUGGCUUCGUGUGCACUGGAGUUUUUCAAUGACAAUCAUAAUUAGUCUGAUCGUACUCCUCUUGCCAUUGUAUGCAUGUACACUGUUAUGUUUUGGGCAUGUCAACCGUCGAUGGAGUAUAUCGCGGGCUCUCGCCAGUGCUGUACUGUUCAUUUUAUGGUGCUGGCUUUUUGUGCGUGUGCCUUUGCCCAGCACGGUGACGCCGGCUACAGCAGGGUAUACGGGCUCCCUCAUUGCACGUACUGCCAUGAUCGGUAUAUGGCUUAUCGCUAUUUUGUCCGGAAGCAUUUCCGCCGGGGCUAUGUGUGAUUCGUACGAGAUGUUUCUUCGCAAAAAGCGCCGAUGGAGUGAAAGCGAUGUGACUGCUACACGCGACUCUUUUCAACGCACUUGUGCUGAUCUCACAUCGCGGCGUACAGCCGCGGCAGAGCUUCAGGCGGAACUCGAAGCAAGUGGCCCUCGUUCUAGUUGGCGAUUUUGGGGUCGUAGUGCCAAGGAUCGUGAAUUGGCUAUGCUCCAGACGGAGAUUGCUGGCCUGGCGGCCAUGGCAUCUGCGUUGCGCUCAGACUUGGAGUACCAAGAACGUCAGGAGCGUCGAGUACGCCAAACCCGUACUGUGGUAGGCUAUGCGAUGCUGCUGGGUGGCUAUGCGUUUUCCAUGUACUGCGCAUUGCGUCUUGUGCAAUGUGUUCUUAACUUGGUCUUCCUGGGCUAUAACGCUACCUCGUCGCGUGACUGGGUCGCCAUGUCCACCGCUCAGGUCAUGAACAUGCUUGGAUUUUCGAUGGAUGUGGCUGUAUGGUCGCCCCGUAUCAACUUUCUUCUUGUGGGUGGCUUGAUUGUGAUGCGCCUGCAUGUGAUUCUAGGGACCCUGUCUGCUAUGAUUCAAAGUGUGGCGACUGGUAUCAGUACGCAGCUGUUGGUCCUCUUCACGUCUCAAAUUUUAUGUAUUUAUGGCCUUGCAGCACUUGUGCAAAUGCAUUCAGGCGUGACGACGGCGACGUCAGGCUCGGCGCCUAGUGCCUUGUUGGCUACGUUGCCCGAGUUUCAGCGCGUGUUUGGACGUGCGUUCGAUGCCGCCUUUAUUUUGUCUGCCAUUGCUACUGGCGCAUAUCGAUGGUUUGUAUGGCACUCUGAUGCAUCUAUGGGUGCAGGAUGGUAG